UAAAUAAAGUCCAACAUAUUCGCUUAAAUCAUGACUGGUCAAAAGUGUGUUGUAGAUAUUUUCCUUAGCCUGAUUGUGAUAUGAUCUGCCCCGCCUAUGUGACUCAAGAAAUAAAAGCACACCUCGUUACUAUCGUUUUCAUGCUGUCUGUAACAUCGCAACCUUCACCAUCAUGUAAACAGGUUACUCUGUAGCCUAUUUACAAACAGCUCCGGGGAUUUCUGCCUUGCAGAAUACAAAGGCAACAAUAUUCAAGACUCGAUUCAAUAGAUUUAUCAGCUCAACAACGAUUUAAACAAAAAAAAACAAAAAAAAAAAAACAACAACAACAACAACAAAUGGGAGGCUAUUUUGUGCUCACACUGUGUGUCUUUCUCGUUGAUGGUGUGGUUGGUGACACAUCUGGAAUAAGCUUGGUAUCAGUGACGGAGAGACAUUCAGUCACUCUACACACUGGUGUCACCAAACAACAACGUGACAAGAUGCUGUGGUAUUUUAAUGACACUCUCAUCGCUCUGAUCAAUGGAGAGCCCAGUAAGAGCUGUUUAUAUGAUGGUGAAGGCGGGAUAUUCAGCGGCAGACUGAAUGUGGACUACGAGACCGGAUCUCUGACCAUCACAAACACCAGACCUGAACACGCUGGACGUUAUGAAGCAAAUUUCAUCCAAAGCAAGAGCUCAGGAACCAGCCACAGCUUGAACCGAAACAGCAAGUGUGACAGCACAAAGAUCACCAGAAAAAUGAGCAACAUUGGCGACACCAUUAAAACAUUCAGUGUCUCCGUCAGAGCUUCUCUGUCUGUUCCUGACAAAACCAAUGAAGAACUGAACAAGAUAGGGAAGGAUCAAGAGCAUGACAGCAGUCUGCUUUCAGGUCUUAUGGUUGGAAUAGCUGUUGCUGUUGUUCUGUUGGUGUGUGGAGCUUUAGUAACCGCUGGUGUGAUUUACUAUCGCCGCAGGAGCUCUAAACAUGAAGAGGAGAAAAACAAACUUGAGCAUCUGUUGAAAGUCUAAAUAAGAAGGAGAAAGACGGAUGUGAUGUGAGGGAUUUGAGGAUCCCAAUAUACAUAUGAUAAAAAUGGUCCAGGUCAUAGUCAGAAGGUGGGGGUUACUGUGACCAUAGGUGACCAUAAGCCUAAGUGGACAUCCAUGACAUGUGGAGUCCCUCAAGGCUCAGUGCUUGCGCUGCUCCUAAUCAACACGUUUGUGCUCCAACUGAGCCAAAUAAUGAUACCUCACAAAAUGAUGGGCUGUUUCAAGUCAUGUUUUGGUCAAAUAUGGACAAACCCAAUCGUUGGUUUACAAAGUUAUUUAAAUAAUAACAAUAAUGAUGAUACCUUUAAUUUAUAUAUCGUUUUCCCAAGCUCAAAUCACUUUAUAAUCAAUUGUUACGACCCAGGGAAGCAGCAUAAAUAAAAUGUGAAAAAGGGGGAGGAAAAACAACAAGAAGUCUUCUGAUGUAACACAAUAAACAUGAAUACAUCAAAAACAGGACAAAUAUAAGAAACAGUACAGUAUACACAUCAAACACCACAGACGAUCACGAAAUCUGAAUGAAAUGCAUAGUUAGGAGUGUAAUAUAUACAAAUAUCUGACCAACUAUCUGAACAGAAGGAGCAGUAAAGUAAAAAUGAAGUAAAAACAGAGUAAAAAUUAAGUAACCAGAGUAGUCCCUCCAAUCGAAUGCAAACCCCAAAUGGCAAAUGGGAAAACUCGAUGAUGAAAUCCUCCCAUCAAUGAUGCAGAUACUUUGUCCGCUACAAACAGCAUCAGGUGGGCAGGCCGGUGGAUUCAGGCAGGCCGGAUGAGCAACACCUCCACACACUAGCAGAUAACAUAAUCACAGUGGAAGUCUGUUUUAUGAGCGUGAGAAACAUUUUACACAACAAGACAAACAGCCCAGAAGUUGUAUGACAAAAAACCCCAAAAACAAUUAAAACAUUUGAAGUGUAAAAAAACAGUUGUGUUUGUCCAGAUUUUAACCAAACAUUGGUUGAAA